AUGAGUGCGCCACCAGCAAAGUUCGAUGCCGAAAAGGCAGACAAUUUCGAAGAUAUUGAGAAGCAAUUUGCUGUCAAAGCUGUUCAACAUAUGUCUACAUAUUGGGCAAUCCUCGAGAAAGUCCGCGGAUCCUCCCUUCGGCUCACAAAGAUCGAUAACGAAAUAUAUGAGCAUUUGAUGAAAGAUUUCCCCGAUUUCGACCCAGCUGCUACGAUUAAUGAGGAUGAAAUGAAGAGCAAGGCAGGAAAGGAGAAAUGGAGAAGCUUUAUGAUGACAUAUGAGAAGAAGGUUGAUGAUUAUAAUUUUGGAACAAUGUUGAGAACGAACCCAAAAUUUGAGUAUGGACAGGACGAGACUAUCUUCGUACCUAGAAUGCAAUUCUAUGCUUACGAAAUUGCAAGAAACCGCAAGGGAUUGAACGAUUGGAUUUAUGAAAAGGAGCACCCGGAGGCUGAAAAAAAAGACUGA